UUCUUCUAGGAGAAUGAUAUAAACCUGACUCACAUUGAAUCCAGACCUUCUCGUUUAAAGAAAGAUGAGUAUGAAUUUUUUACCUAUCUGGAUAAACGUAGCAUGCCUGCUCUGGCAAACAUCAUCAAGAUCUUACGGCAUGACAUUGGUGCCACCGUCCAUGAACUUUCCCGAGAUAAGAAGAAAGACACAGUGCCCUGGUUCCCAAGAACCAUUCAAGAUCUCGACAGAUUUGCCAAUCAGAUUCUGAGCUACGGAGCAGAACUGGAUGCAGACCACCCCGGUUUUAAAGAUCCUGAGUACCGAGCAAGACGGAAGCAGUUUGCAGACAUUGCCUACAACUACCGCCAUGGGCAGCCCAUCCCUCGAGUAGAAUACACAGAGGAAGAAAAGAAAACAUGGGGGACAGUGUUCAGGACCCUGAAGUCUUUGUAUAAAACUCACGCUUGCUACGAGCACAAUCACAUUUUUCCACUUCUGGAAAAGUACUGUGGCUUCCAUGAAGAAAACAUUCCCCAGCUGGAAGAGGUUUCUCAAUUCCUGCAGUCUUGCACUGGUUUCCGCCUCCGACCUGUGGCUGGCCUGCUUUCCUCUCGGGAUUUCUUGGGUGGCCUGGCCUUCCGAGUCUUCCAUUGCACACAGUACAUCAGACAUGGGUCCAAGCCCAUGUACACACCUGAACCUGAUAUCUGUCAUGAGCUGUUGGGACACGUCCCCUUGUUUUCAGAUCGCAGCUUUGCCCAGUUUUCCCAGGAAAUUGGCCUUGCCUCUCUGGGUGCACCUGAUGAGUACAUUGAGAAACUCGCCACAAUCUACUGGUUUACUGUGGAGUUUGGGCUCUGCAAACAAGGAGACUCCAUAAAGGCAUAUGGUGCUGGGCUUCUGUCAUCCUUUGGUGAAUUACAGUACUGCUUAUCGGACAAGCCAAAACUCCUCCCCCUGGAGCUGGAGAAGACAGCCGUCCAGGAGUACAACGUCACGGAGUUCCAGCCCCUGUAUUAUGUGGCUGAGAGCUUUAAUGAUGCCAAGGAGAAAGUGAGGAACUUUGCUGCCACGAUCCCUCGGCCCUUCUCAGUUCGUUAUGACCCAUAUACCCAAAGGAUUGAAGUCUUGGACAAUACCCAGCAGCUUAAGAUUUUGGCUGACUCCAUCAACAGUGAAGUUGGAAUCCUUUGCAGUGCCCUCCAGAAAUUAAAGUGAAGCCAUGGACAAAGCGUGGUCUGUCAGCUGAGAACCUGUUGAUGGAAAUCCAACUGCUUCUUUCAUCUGAAAAUCUCUGAAAAGCGAAACUUAAUUUGAAAUGACAGCCUUAAAUCUUUUUUGGAAUAAGAUGGAGGAUCAACAAAGAGAUAAAAAUAAUCCGAAAUUACAGUACAUUAAUACAUACCCCAAAGCAUAAUGGUAACUCUUUUGGGGUCAUCUUUGAUUUAGAGAUGAUAAUCCCAUGCUCUCAAUUGAGUUCAAUCAAUAGUCAGUCACAUUUCAUCAAGGUUAAUUAAAAUUUGAGACCUGCUUCAUUCAUUCUUCAUAUAUACUUUUGUUAUUUGCCACAGAGAACUCCUAAUGGGGUAUAUACGGCUAAAUGAAAAGUGCAAGACUGUCAUUAGAAUUGAAUUAUUGGGUUUAAUAUAAAUCUUAACUUACAAAGUUUAUUUCCUAUUUGAGUUAACUAUGAUUCAAAUUACUGCUUUGUUAUUGUACCUGUGUAGAUUUCAUUCAAUUCAGGAACCCAUUAAAAUAGUUACAAACAUUAAAGUUUGAUAGCAUUAUAUAAAAAUAUUUUUGUUUUAUUGUAAUCAUAAAUGCUGCCGUGUAAUGUAAUAGAACUUCCCACUUGUUCUCCA